AUGCGCUUCGGUCAAGAUACAGACGUAUCUUAUGCAACAGAUGGGAGACUAAGUCAUGCCCACGACCUCGUGCCCGCGUGUGUGUUUUGGUCUGGGCCGGCCUCCGGGCCGUCCGUCCCCACUGGUCCGGCCAUGCCGAGUCGCCGCGUCGCUAGAUCGUCCGCUGCGCCGGAGCUGGGGGCCUUAGGGUCCGCGGACCUCUCCUCGCUUUCGCUGGCGGUUUCCAGGACCACGGAUGAACUGGAGAUCAUCGACGAGUACAUCAAGGAGAACGGCUUCGGCCUGGAGGGGGCGCCGCAGGGCUCGGUUGAGGGGCUGCCGCGCCUGGUGUCCCGCGGGGCGGCCUCGCUGAGCACCGUCACCCUGGGCCCCGCGGCGCCCCCGGCCACGCCGCCGCCCUGGGGCUGCCCCCUGGGCCGCCUCGGACCCCCGGCCCCGGGCCCCGGGCCGCGGCCGCAUCUGGUCAUCACCGAGCAGCCCAAGCAACGCGGCAUGCGCUUCCGCUACGAGUGCGAGGGCCGCUCGGCCGGCAGCAUCCUCGGCGAGAGCAGCACCGAGGCCAGCAAGACGCUGCCCGCCAUCGAGCUCCGGGACUGCGGAGGGCUGCGGGAGGUAGAGGUGACCGCGUGCCUGGUGUGGAAGGACUGGCCUCACCGAGUCCACCCCCACAGCCUCGUGGGGAAAGACUGCACCGACGGCGUCUGCAGAGUGCGGCUCCGGCCUCACGUCAGCCCCCGGCACAGCUUUAACAACCUGGGCAUCCAGUGUGUGAGGAAGAAGGAGAUCGAGGCCGCCAUUGAGCGGAAGAUCCAGCUCGGCAUUGACCCCUACAACGCUGGGUCCCUGAAGAACCAUCAGGAGGUGGACAUGAACGUCGUGAGGAUCUGCUUCCAGGCCUCUUACAGGGACCAGCAGGGACAGAUGCGCCAGAUGGACCCCGUGCUCUCUGAGCCUGUCUAUGACAAGAAGUCCACAAACACGUCCGAGCUGCGGAUUUGCCGAAUCAACAAGGAGAGCGGGCCGUGCACGGGUGGCGAGGAGCUCUACCUGCUGUGUGACAAGGUGCAGAAAGGCCCUGGAAACCACGAAUCUGUUUUCUGUCUCUGUGCAUUCGCCUCUUCUGGACAUUUCGUAUCCAUGGAAUCCUGUAAUACUUUCCCCAUCUCUAAAAGGACAUAUCAAAAAAAACCGCGGGGGGGCCGCGCCGACUUCUCCCAGGCCGACGUGCACCGCCAGAUCGCCAUCGUGUUCAAGACGCCGCCCUACGAGGACCUGGAGAUCGUCGAGCCUGUGACAGUCAACGUCUUCCUGCAGCGGCUCACUGACGGGGUCUGCAGCGAGCCCCUGCCCUUCACGUACCUGCCCCGGGACCACGACAGCUACGGCGUGGACAAGAAGCGGAAACGGGGCAUGCCCGAUGUCCUUGGGGAGCUGAACAGCUCUGACCCCCAUGGCAUCGAGAGCAAGCGGCGGAGGAAAAAGCCAGCCUUCCUGGACCACUUCCUGCCCAGCCACAGCCCAGGUCUAUUCCUCCCACCGUCAGCCCUGCUGCCUGAUACAGACUUCUUCCCCAGUGCCAGCGCCGUGUCCCUGCCCGGCCUGGAGCCCCCUGGCGGGCCGGACCUCCUGGAUGACGGCUUUUCCUAUGAACCCACAGUCCCCACGAUCUUCCCCAUGUUGGACAUGCUGCCCCCGGCGCCGCCACUUGCCAGUGCUGUCACAGGCAAUGGGGUUGCAGGGGCCACGGUUGGGGAGCCUCCUGGCCCCGAGCCACUGACACUGGACUCAUACCAGGCUCCGGUCCCGGGGGACGGGGGCACUGCCAGCCUUGUGGGCAGCAACAUGUUCCCCAACCAGUACCGUGAGACAGGCUUUGGGGGCGGCCUCCUGUCCCCUGGGUCUGAAGCCACGUAGCCCCCGCGGUGCUGGAGGAGAGGCGCUGGGUGGGGAGGGAGGUGAAAGGGUACAUAGAAAUCCGACAAGGAUGUCCAGCAUCCCCACUCCCUUGGGCCACUCUUGGUCAGGUCUCCUGACCUCUUCAUCCUUCUGAAACGGACAUCUUCAGUGCUGGCGAGAAUCUCUACUGUACUGGUUUCCCCUGAGCCCAUUUUACAAAUGAGAAAACUGAGUCUGGAGUGAAAAGGGAUUUGGUGCCCAAGCACUAGCUUCUUGAAGCUGCGUCAGCCCCCACAAUUGAGGACACUUUCUCCUGGAGGAUUCUGAAGAAUGUACAUAUGGGAAAAGGGUGCAGAUCCCCAGGCCUCCUACCCCAUGAAGGUGGGGAUAGGUUGUUUGUUCAGAGUCUUCCCAAUAAAGAUGAGUUUUUGAGCCGUG